UCCAAGGACCAAGUCCGCGAGUUAGUUUUCUGCUUGUUCUUGCUUCGAAGAUACUUCGCUAUCAUUCUCCAACAAACUAAGAAGAAGAAAAAACUGAAUCGUUCUUUGCCUUUAUUUCUUUAAAAGGAAACUAAAGAAUUUGAUUUCGAGAAUGAAAAUUCUGAAAUUUUGUUCUCACUAAUGCCCCAGGAGGACGAAAAUUAAACAGUAAUAGUUAAAAGAAAUGGUUCCUUUACAGGUUUUGAAGUCCACGGUUUGUCCUCUUUCUGUUUCGCAGUCCAAUUUUCCCGGAAAAUCGUCAUUUAUUUUCUCGGAAUCGGAUUCUAGGAAAAGGAAUGUCGUGUUUAGAACUUGUGGCAACUCGAGGUACUCUGUCUCUACGAGGUUCGAUAGGAUUCGUUGCGCUGCUCAACAAGGUGAUAAUCAAGCUAAUGGUGAAGAACCUCCUGAGUCAUUAUUCAUGAAGGAAUUGAAGAGAAGGGGGAUGACUCCCACUUCAUUACUUGAAGAUGCCAAAAGGAAUACCUAUGAAGUGGAUGGUGGGACAAAAGUUGGGGAAGAAACUAGCAGUUUUCCCAAAAGAAAUGCAGUGUCAACUGAAUUUGAUCCAAGUUUAUCUAAUCAGAGGGAGCGCUCGAUGGCAUUGAACAGCGAAGGCCUUGAGGGUUUAGUCCCCCGUGCUAAACUUUUGGUGACACUUGGAGGGACAUUCUUCUUAGGAUUUUGGCCGUUGAUAGUCUUAACUGUGUCAUUCUUUUCUGCCCUCUACCUUUACUUUGGACCAGCAUUCGUUCAUGACGCAAGCAACACUCCGAGUGCACCACCGCAGUAUAUUGAUCCGUAUGCUCUCCUCGAAGAUGAAAGGAUAUCUCAAGCAGCCCCUCUUGUAAAUUGAAUUAUAGACAUUAUGCUUUUACAUAAAGCUAAUUAAAGACUUAAAAUAUAGCUUACUGUAGCAUAUUAUUAUAGUCUUUGUUAAUUCUUUCCUUGUGUAAAUCCUAUAAGCAAACAUUUGGGUCAAUCCAAAAUUAAGGGUAAGCUUAGAACAA